AUGCCACCAUGUAAGUGUCUGGGGGUCACAUCCAGGUUCGGGGCCCGCUUCUUGUCCGAGGUUACCGGAGUGUGGUACAACAACUACAUGAGCGCCUUCUCUUCGCCGUACGAACAGAGUGGAUACGGAAUGCCUUCCAGUGAGAACAACUAUAUCCGACCCGGAAUGCGGCCCUUGUCGUCGUUUUGCCCAACACUGAUUGUCGACGCGAAAGGGAAUGUCAUUUUCGCCACGAGUGCCACGGGCGGACAGGCGAUCAUCUCUGGCGUGGUUCAGGUUCUGGUGCGGUGUCUGUGGAUGGAUCACAACGUGAAGCAAAGCGUCGACGCCGGCCGCCUUCACAACCAGCUCCAUCCCGAAGACGUCGUGUACCACGAGAAUACCACCGAUAAGGACGUGCUGGCCGGUCUUAAGUGGCGGGGUCACGAGCUGACACCUUUCACGUGGCCGGGGGCUGUGGUUGCCGUCCACCGUCAAAGUCAGGGCAUCUACGAGGCCUGCCACGACUACCGCGAUGGGACCGUCGCGUCUUCGGACGGUGGAGAGCUGAUUGGGAAGCCUAAUUUGCCGCUCUGA